AUGUCGCACGGUCAGUCUCAGCAAGUAUGGGACACUGCCAUGACGGGAAAUGAAACCAUCCCGCAGCACACGUUGAAUACUGCUACAGCUCAAGAGGGAUUCACGGCUGUGCAAGUGGCAUUCGCUGUGCUGACAGUGAUUGUAAGCCUACUAGCACUCGAACAAAUGGUAUACCGUAUGAAGAAAGGCGGCCUUCCUGGCUCAAAAUGGACCAUCCCUAUUAUUGGAAAGUUUAAAGACUCGCUGAACCCGACGCUGGAAAAAUACCAGGAAAGCUGGAAUAGUGGUGCUUUGAGUGUCGCGAGCGUGUUUAACAUAUUUAUCGUCAUUGCGUCGUCCACGGACUACACGCGGAAAAUUUUAAACAGUCCCACUUAUGCGGAACCUUGUCUUGUCGCUUCGGCAAAGAAGGUACUCUGCCAUGACAACUGGGUAUUCUUGAAUGGCAAGACACACGUCGACUAUCGAAAAGGUCUGAAUACGCUGUUUACGAGCCGCGCGCUUAGCAUCUAUCUGAAUAUUCAAGAAAACAUUUACAAGAAACACUUCGCUAAAUGGGUAGCCUUGGGUAGCAAGGACGCCGAGGCUUUCAUGCUUCCGCUGCGAAAUUUGAAUUUGGAGACUUCUCUCCGCGUGUUCUGCGGCAACUACAUUUCAGACGAGGGUGCACAGCAAAUUUCAGAUGAGUACUGGCUCAUUACCAUGGCUUUGGAGCUUGUCAACUUCCCAUUUGCUUUCCCGGGAACCAAGGUAUACCGUGCUAUCCAAGCGCGUAAGAAUGCGAUGAAGUGGUUUGAACACACUGCUGCAGAAAGCAAGAAGCGCAUGGCUCUGGGUGAGGAAGUGACAUGCCUAACAGACGCGUGGGUUAAAGCCAUGCUGGAUGCGCGUGAGGAUCGUCAAAAUGAUGAUCUUGGUGCUGAGCAGCGCCGUAUUCUUGUACGCGACUUUUCUGACCGUGAGAUUGGUAUGGUAUUGCUUAGCUUCUUGUUCGCCUCUCAAGAUGCUAUGUCCAGUGGCUUGACAUACCUAUUCCAGCACCUUGCCGACCAUCCAGAUGUGCUCCGUAAAGUCCGUGAGGAACAGUAUGCCAUUCGCAAUAACGACAUUGACGCUCCACUCACCAUUGACAUGAUCGAAAAGAUGACUUAUACUCGUGCGGUCGUGAAGGAGAGCCUUCGUCUGAAACCGCCUGUUAUAAUGGUGCCAUACAUGGCCCGUCAACCCUUCCCUAUCAGUGAGACGUACACCGCACCCAAAGGCAGCAUGGUCAUUCCAAGCUUUUGGAACAGUUUGCACGACCCGACGGCAUAUCCGUCACCUGAUGAAUUCCGUCCUGAGCGCUGGCUGGAGGGUGCUGAGUCCCCAGCUGCGAAGCAUCCCAAGAACUACUUGGUGUUUGGUAGUGGACCACAUAACUGCAUUGGUAAGGAAUACGCCAUGCAGCACCUUAUUGCUGUAAUGGGCGAUGCAUCUGUUCUGCUCAACUGGGAGCAUAAACGCACUGAAUUGAGUGAAAAGGUGAUGGUGAUUGCUACGAUAUAUCCUAAGGACGGCGCUUACCUCAAAUUUACCCAACGUCCUGCUCCUCCGAUGGAUGCCCCCGCUGCUGUUGCGGCGGCUAUGUAG